AUGAAAAAAUAAUAUGGCAAUUCAUUUAUUUUAGACACUUCGAUUGUAACUUACAUUAAUUAUAAAAGGGAAUGAAUAACACAAUUUACUUGAGUCCUAAUGCAAAAAAACCAAUGACUAAUAGUUUUUCAAAUAAAACAGAUCUAUAUGAUUAAAAUUUGUAAUGCAAUAUAUUUCUCUUUCUAUCAAUUGUACAUGGAAAUCAUCAAUUAAAUAAACUAUUUAUAUAAAGAUGUGGUAAUAAAGAUAAGUUUUUAUAAAUGUUUGAUACUUUGUAAUACUCUGCUUUAUUAACAAAAGUUCUUCAAAUAGUGAAUUAAUAUUUUACAGAAACUUCAACUUAAUGUUAUGAAUAAUAUCCUAUUAGUAAUAAUAAAUCAUGGUACUCAUCUGAUUAAAAAUACACACCUAAAUAAGGAAGUAAUGAUAAAUUUUAAUCAAUGAUAAAGAAAAUAAUAACAACUGAUCUAGAUCCUUUAAAGUCUUUAAUUAAUAGAGUUUAAGAAUAAAAUUACAGUUAAUAUUAAUCUUCAAAUAAACUUGCAUCAACAUCUCAACUUUCGAAUAAAUUGAGUGAGAAGUUGAUGAAAACUAAUAUACUCAAGGAUUAAUUAAAAGAAAAGAUUACAAAAUUAGCUAUGUAGAAUAGUUACAAUUAUUAAUAUAAAGUAAUGAAGACUGAAUCAGAUGUUUCUUAAUCUUAACCUGUACUUAUGAGAGAUACUCCAAGUUAGACAAUCUCAUAAUAAGAACCAAUUUUUCAUAAGCAAAAUAGAAUCUCUUUUGGAUAACAAUAAUUGUUUAAUAAUGUUACAAAUGGGGAUUAGAUUAUUGAAUAUUAAUAAAAUGGAAAAAAUUAAAAAACAUUAAUUGAAUCUUCUCCUACAUUUCUACAUCAUUAAUUAAAGGAUAAUGCUAUUUAAACAUCUGAGAAUGAAAUAAAUGUCUAAAAUUCCAAUAUUCAAAAAGAAGAAUAGAGUAAUGAUCAUUCUUUGGAUUUAUCAUAAGAAAGAUCAAAAAGAUUUGAAGGAACGUUUGGUAAAGUUAGAAAUAGAGAUGGUAAAAAUAAGAAAAAAUCAAAUAGUGUAUCUGGUAAUGUAUCACCAUAAAGAAGUGAAAGACAUAAUCAUGAAGUUAUUUCGAUAGAUUAAAUAUAACAUAAAAAAAAAAUUAGUAUUAAUAGUGUAAAUAGAAGAUAUAAUAUACUAACAAAUGAAUAAUUGGAAUGAUUAAAACAAAAUAAAAUUUAAUAACAUAUUUAAAAUGUCUAUUUUAACAAUGUAUUAAUCUAAUACAAAAUCAGCCCUAUCAAAAGUUCAAUCUCUUGGAGCUGUUACAUCUACUCCUCUUAAAACUAAUAAAUCUGUAUAAUAAGAUAGAGAAUUAUUAUACAACAGUUAACUUAUGUAAAAAGCAUUAAUUGAAUCAUGUAAAAAAGCAAAGGAAAAUAGAAUGAACUCUCCUACAUAUAAAGUUACUGAUACUAUUGUUUAAGUAAAUUAUUAUUCUAAUCAGGCUAAUUAAGAUACACCAAUAUAGAAAUCAGGCAAAAAGAAGGCUUUAUUCAGUGGAAUUGAUUCUUAAAGUGAUCCCUUUAGAAAUGUACAUACUUCAUCAAACAAAACUAAUGUGAAAUUGAUGAUGUUUAAUGAAGGACAUUAUAUGAAAAAAUAUCAAUAAUAAUCAUCAGAAAUUCAUUAAGAAAAAGAUUAUAGGAGUUCUAUUAGAGUAUAUAAAUAAGAACAAAAAACUGAAAGUGAGUAAAAAAGAUUAAGAAAAAGUGUACCAGGUUAACCAGUAUUUAAAGAUCCAAUUUUAUCACCAGAUUCUAAAGUAGAUAAAAAAGUAUACAAAUUUUAUAAUGCUAAUUUAGUUAAGAAUAUCUUGUCUUCAAAAAUCAGAAUAAUAAAGUAAAAUGGAAAGUAUUAGAACUUAUGGUCAUGCAAAUUCAUCUUUAGGAUUUCGUAAUAGUGUAACUUAAGGUUAAAAAGAUGAUACUAGUCCUAUGAAAAUGAGAGAAAGUAAUACUUAUAAAAGUGAUAUGAAAAGUAUAUUAAGUUAAAAUGAAACACUUAAAAAAUUAGUAAUUUAAUUAAUUUUACAAUAUUUUAUAGUAUUCAAGAACUGAUUAUAAAGGAUGUGAUAAUAUAAAGAAAUCAAAAAAAGUAAGCAUUAAAAUGGAUGUUCCAAGACCUAUAUCAGCUUUUGCUAUAUUUGAUAAAUGA